UACAGUCACUCACGGAAAUCGUGUGUCAUCCAAACAAACAAGAGGAAUGUACCGUCUGCAUGUAUUUACGUUUAGUGUUUUAUAGUGUAUUAUGGAUUUACUAUAUUUCCAUCGGAUGAAGAUUUUUGGAAUUUAAACUGCGACUUUUUAGCGCGUGCAUAUUGGACUUUUCUUAUAGAUCGCUUUGAAAAAAAUAAGAGUGGAAUGGUCUACAAACAUGUAUUUACGUUUUGCGUUGUGAUGUGUUUUUAGUCGUGUAUAAUGGAGUGACGUGUCUGGCAGUAUUUACAUUUUACCAUAUUUUAUCGGGAUAAAAAAAAAGAUUUUUGGAAUUAAACCUGCGACAAUUUAACACAUGCAUGUUGCAGUUUACUUAUAGAUUUAUUUCAAAUUACAGUAAAGGGUCCUCGAUCUGAACCCAUCUGGGAGUGAUGGAGGAGGAGUGGGCGAGAGAGCCAGCCGGUCUGGAUGGAAUCCCACCAAUGUACAGCAUUCUGAAAGGAGAGGUAGUGUCUGUUACAACAUACGGCGCUUUUGUGAAGAUUCCAGGUUACAAAAAACAAGGUCUGGUUCAUAAGAGUGAGAUGUCAGCCUGUCGGGUGGACAACCCAUCUGAAAUAGUUGAUGUAGGGGAGCAAGUGUGGAUAAAAGUCAUUGGCACAGAGAUGAAAGAUGAUAAAAUCAAACUGUCCUUCUCUAUGAAAUGUGUCAAUCAAGGCACUGGCCGGGACCUAGACCCCAACAACGUCAUGGCAGAACAGGACGAGCGUCGCCGGAGACAGUUCAGAGAUUACGGCAGGCAGAAGAUCACAUUGGAGGCUGUGCUCAACACCACAUGCAAAAAGUGUGGCUGCAUUGGUCACUUUGCAAAGGACUGCUUCUCUACUCCUGGCCUGCAGUACAGCUUAGUGCCAGAAGAGGAGGAGGAGCCAACCAGCAACCAGAACACCCAGUCAGAGCCCCAGAAACGUAAAAAGGAAAAAAAGGCAAAGAAAGAAAAGAAGAAAAAGAAAGAGAAAGAAAAGAAGAGAGAGAGUUCUUCAUCUGAUAGCGGAGCGGAAGAUGCCAAACGGCCAAAGCAUUCACACACACACUCGGACAAGAAGAAGAAACACAAGAAACACAAACACAAGGCUAAGUAAUUUUGGUUUGCAAAUCCAUUCAAACUUGCGCGUGUCGUUUCAUUAUCCAGAUUAAAUGUAUCUGGUGUAUUUUUUUGUUGAUAUUAAAAAUAAUUUGACCAUUAAAA